AUGAGUGUCAUUGGAAGCAAGAGCUAUCUUUUCUCCCUGACGGGUUACUCCCGAGAAAAUGAGAAGUCCUCUUGGCUCAAUUCGAUUAAUAAAUCAUCGAUUGACACAAGAUUUCCCAGAAAUCUGGGCAAAGCGGCCGCUGUUUCCUGCAAAAUCUCAGGGAGUGGAGUUGGAGAGAAUCCAGGACCGAAGGGAGUUUCUCUCAGCUCGAAGAACAAGAUGGAGGAUUACAAUACAGCUAUGAAGAGAUUGAUGAGGAGCCCAUAUGAGUAUCAUCACGAUCUGGGGAUGAACUAUACAUUGAUAAGAGACGAACUGAUAGCAAAAGACUUUGAUCCACUUUCGUUAAGAAGCCAACUUCCGAAAGCUGUUUCUUCUUUGGAAUGGGCGGUUUCGGAAGGUAAAGGAAGAGUCUACGUGCAUUGCACAGCCGGGUUGGGAAGAGCUCCUGCGGUUUCGAUUGCUUAUAUGUAUUGGUUCUGCGACAUGAACCUGAACACAGCUUAUGACACAUUGGUAUCAAAGCGUCAAUGUGGUCCUAACAAAGGAGCCAUCCGGGGAGCGACAUAUGAUCUGGCGAAGAACGAUCCGUGGAAAGAGCCCUUUGAGAAUCUCCCUGAGAACGCGUUCGAGGACAUUGCAGAUUGGGAGAGGAAACUGAUUCAAGAACGUGUUAGGGCCAUCCGUGGAACUUGA